GCUUCCCUAGGUAUACCACAUGGGGAGGAGCGAAGACCAAGCUAUAUACCCCCAUCUACAUGCACACGCAAGAUUAAUUCGAGAGGGCACUCACUAUAAAUAGGACGUGAGACGCUCUAUCUCACAGCUCGAGCCACGACGUCGUCCCGCCAGUCGCAAAGGAAACCCUAGCUAGCAAUAGCAAGUCUAACCAGCUAACAGGGACAGCUCAAUCGACGAUCUUGUGCUAAAGUACUCGUGCAACAAUCGUCGUCGUCGUGGGAGCUGAUCAGGCCACGCGAUGGCUUCGUCCACGACCGGCCAUUGCAUAUUCCUUGCACUUCUGCUGCUUCUCGCUUCCACGGCCUGCUAUGGCCAGCUCUCGACGUCGUUCUACUCCACCAGCUGCCCGGCGCUGGAGUCCACAGUGCGAUCCGUCGUGAGUAGCGCCGUCGCCAGCAACCGCAGGAUGGGCGCCUCUCUUGUCCGCCUCUUCUUCCACGACUGCUUCGUCCAGGGCUGCGACGCCUCCAUUCUUCUGGACGACGUGCCGGGCAGCUUCGUCGGCGAGAAAACCGCUGGCCCGAACGCCAACUCCGUCCUCGGCUACGAUGUCAUCAACAGCAUAAAGACAGCCGUCGAGGCCAACUGCCCCGGCGUCGUCUCCUGCGCCGACAUCGUCGCCCUCGCCGCGCGCGACGGCACCGUACUGCUCGGUGGACCGUCCUGGAACGUACCUCUCGGCCGGCACGACUCGACGACGGCGAGCCUGAGCCAAGCCAACAGCGACCUCCCCUCGCCGGCGUCCAGCCUCAGCACGCUCAUCGCCAAGUUCGGGAACAAGGGCCUGAGCCCGACGGACAUGACGGCGCUCUCCGGCGCGCACAGCGUCGGCUUCGCGCAGUGCCGGAACUACCGCAACCGCAUCUACAACGACGCCGACAUCAACCAGCAGUUCGCCAAGCUGCUCAGGACCAACUGCUCGGCCACGCAGGGCGCAAGCGACACCAACCUAGCGCCGCUCGACGUGGCCACGCAGCUCAGCUUCGACAACGCCUACUACGGGAACCUGCUCAAGAAGAAAGGCCUGCUGCACUCGGACCAGGAGCUCUUCAACGGCGGCUCGCAGGACGCGCUGGUGCAGAACUACAGCUCCAACGCCAACUUCUUCUUCGCUGACUUCGUCACGGCCAUGAUCAAGAUGGGGAAUAUCAACCCGCUCAACGGAACCGCCGGCCAGAUCAGGGCCAAAUGCAGUGUGGUUAACUAAUAGAAUGGCCAUCAUUAUUGCCGGCCACCAAUUGAUUGCCAUAGACUCAUCAGAGCCUGCACAAGUGCACAACGUAACUAGCGGUUCGUUCAUUCGUGAAAAAGACACGCUGGUCGAGGAAAUGGGUAUACCAUUAUCAUUUCUAGAAUUAAAAUAUUGUACUGCAGUAAAUUGAUAAAUCUAUAUCAGCAAACAUUAUUUACGUCUUAAA